AUGUUUCGUCAGACCCCAACGAUCUUGCGACUCCUUCUGGCUUUGCUCUGGCAGCAAGUCUCCGCCGUUGACCAGACCCGGGAUGCGGCCAUGGUCUCUAAACUCGAUCUUGCCGCCACGCAGCUCGACCGGCUUGCGCUCAUCCCGAACGAUGAGGAUUGGGUAUUUGAUUUCACGGCGCAGAAGCCCUACUACAGUUGGGCCCCGGGUGGAGUCACCAACAUGAACGCUGCAACAUUUGCCGCUGGACGCAAGAAUGGAUUGACCAUGGCCAUGGUAAACCUUGGACCCUGCUGCAUGUUGCCGCCUCACCUUCAUCCACGUGCUGCCAACUAUGUUGUUGCGACCAUGKGUAACACCACUACGUAUAUGUGGGAGGAGAACGGCGCGCAUCUCAUCACAACCAACCUCACUCCAGGAAAAGCUACCCUGUUUCCCGCUGGAGCCAUGCAUAUGAUGGUCAACACUGCUCAGCUCGUAUCUUCCCUGACCAGCGAAGAUGCCGGCACACUCAACAUCGCUGCCGUCCUUACCAACGGUUUUCCGCAUGAGUAUGUCAACGCCGCCUUUGGAGGCAAUUUUGCAAAUGACAAUACCAGCGCCGCUGUUCCACCCAUUGGUACCGGAGCUAAUUGGGGCACUGAUGAGUGCAUGAAGAGAUGCAACAUCGAGCCCAGCAAAAAUUCGGCGGCCAACAACGAUGAGACUUCUGAAGGCCGGAUCGGGAACAAACCAUAA